AUGUCGCUGUGCGUGGUGCGCAGCAGUGUGAAUAUUGAUGAGACGUUCCAAGUCCCGCACAUUGUGCGGCCGGGCGAGACGAUCUCGUCGUCGGCUAUGUGGUCACGUCCGGGCGGCAAAGGUGCGAACGUAGCGGCUGUCCUCGGCCUGGCGGGCGUGCGUGCGCGCAUGCUGGGCGCGGUCGGGGAGGAUGCCAAGUGGCCUAUCCGCUGCCUCGAGGAGCGUCAUGUCGAUACGUCUUGUAUGUACGUGUCGCCUGAUGUGCCGACGGGGCGUGCGUUCAUCCAGCUCUCGCAGGGGGAUGGCGAAAACUCGAUUGUCCUGCUCAAAGGAGCGAACUUUGCGCUCGAUACGCCCUUGGAUGAUGUGCGACGAUGGCUCUCGCCAGAGGUCACGCACCUGAUCCUGCAAAAUGAGAUUCCUCUGGCGUCCACGAUAGCGUAUGUGCAGCACGCGCAGUCGCUGUCCAUCUGCACCGUGUUGAAUCCGAGCCCGAUGCUCACGCCCGACGAGCUGCGUGCCUUUCCGUGGGCAGGUCUGCAUGUGUUGAUCGUGAAUGAGGGCGAGAGCGCAGAGCUGCAGGCAGCGCUCGGCCCGGACGCCCGCACUCUCGCCGACGUGCCGUGCCUCGCGCCGAUUCCGUGGCUCGUCGUGACGCGCGGAAGCCAAGGCUCGAGCGCCGGCGUGAUCCUGGACGGCAAGCGCACGUGGAUCGAUGUGCCUGCGUCUCGCACGACGCACGUCGUGAACACGACCGGGGCAGGCGAUACGUACACAGGCUACCUCGUGGCAGGGCUCAUGACCACAGAUCACUGGACGAUCGAUCGCGUGCGUGCUGUGCUGCAGCGCGCUAGCGUCGCCGCAGCGAUGGCCGUCGAAGUCGAUGGCGCGAUGGACAGCAUCCCUGCCGCCAGCGAGGUCGAGGCACGCUGCCGGUCUCUAUAG